GCGCGGCCGGACCCAGACAGGGGAGGGGGCGAACGCAGGAGCGAGGCGGGGGCGGACGAGGAGGGGGUUACGCCGCGACGUCGGCUGCGCGAGGUUUCGCGCGUGAACGGCGCCGGCGCUGGGCCUGGCUACCGAGCUUUCCCCGCGGGCUAGCAGGUCUCGACGCCGGCUCCUCGAGGAGCGCCGGGAGGAGGGAGGUGUCGGUGUCCGCGACGUAGUCGACGGCUGCCUGGGCCAUGGAGGAGACGCAGCCGCUUCCACAGCCUGAGCUGUCGCUGUGCGACAGCCUCAUGAUCUGGCUGCAGACAUUUAAUACUGCCUCGCCCUGUCAAGAUGUGAAACAGCUGACUAACGGAGUUGCCAUGGCACAAGUUCUUCAUCAAAUCGAUGCAGCUUGGUUCAAUGAAUCUUGGUUAAGCCGAAUUAAAGAGGAUGUUGGGGAUAACUGGAGAAUAAAGGCUAAUAAUUUAAAGAAGAUUCUUCAAGGGAUUAUGAGUUAUUACCAUGAGUUUUUAGGGCAGCAGAUUUCUGAAGCACUUAUCCCUGAUUUAAACCAAAUAACUGAAUGUUCAGAUUCUGUGGAGCUUGGGAGACUGCUUCAGCUUAUUUUAGGUUGUGCGGUCAACUGUGAAAGGAAGCAAGUGUGCUUCUCUCAAAGCACCUUCAACAUCUUUUAUGUAAUUGUUUACUUUUCUACUAGACUAAUAGAGCAGCGUGAUACUCUGAAAGAAACCAAUGAAGAGCUUCGUUGUUCCCAAGUACAGCAGGAUCACCUAAACCAAACAGUACAUAUGACUUAUCUUACAAAUAGGCUGAGCAAAGAGCGUAUCCGAGAAUUGCAGCAACAGAUUGAAGACCUCCAGAAGUCUUUACAGGAACAAGGCUCCAAGUCUGAAGGCGAAAGUAGUGAAUGUAAAGUAGCAAAAUUCCGUGAAUAUGAAGAAAAACUCAUUGUUUCUGCUUGGUAUAAUAAGGUAAUAAAAACUUUAGAUCCCAAAUUAAAUCCAGCAUCAGCUGAAAUAAUGCUACUUAGAAAGCAGUUGGCAGAGAAAGAGAGAAGAAUUGAGAUUCUGGAGUUCUUCACCUGUACCUCAACAAACGUAGUAGGAAUCUCUGGGAGAAGGAAGUACUCACUGAAUCCCAUGCAAAAGAUCAAUGAACUUGAAGCUGCUCUUCAGAAGAAAGAUGAAGAUAUGAAAGCAAUGGAGGAAAGAUAUAAAAUGUACUUGGAGAAAGCCAGGAAUAGUGAAUGUAAAGUAGCAAAAUUCCGUGAAUAUGAAGAAAAACUCAUUGUUUCUGCUUGGUAUAAUAAGAGUCUAGCGUUCCAGAAACUGGGGAUGGAGUCUAGACUUGUGAGUGGCGGUGGUGCUUGCAAAGACACUGGCGCGUGUACUCCCGCACGGUCUUUCUUAGCACAGCAACGGCAUAUUACCAACACCAGAAGAAAUCUCUCUGUUAGAGUUCCUGCUACAACAGCUGAUUAAACUGCAAAA